AUGGGAAGCAACUCCUUCACUGGCUCUAUACCAAAUACGCUUGGUAGUUUAACACUCCUACAACGGCUUUAUCUUGGUAUAAAUAACUUGACAGUUGAAUCUUCAACUCCAGAAUUAAGAUUUUUCACUGCUUUGACCAAUUGCAGACAUUUGGAAGAAGUGAUCAUAUCAUUAAAUCAAUUUAAUGGCAUACUCCCUGAUUCAAUUGAUCAAGGGCAGCGUCCCCAGUGGAAUCGGCAAUUUGAGCAGCAUGCAAGUUAUAUGGAUAGCAACGAGUUGACCGGACCUAUCCCAACACCAAUCAGAGGGUUACAAAAUCUCGAUUGUUUGUACCUUGAACACAAUAGAUUACAAGGUCCCAUCCCAGAUGAUCUCUGCAAGUUAACCAAGUUGGGAGACAUUUACGUAAGUAACAAUAAGCUUUCUGGACUGAAACCAACAUGCUUGGGAGACCUCAAGUCUCUAAGAAGACUCUACUUGGACUCCAACAACUUGACUUCAAUGAUACUUCCAAACUCGUGGAGCCUUAAGGAUCUAUUGGGUUUGAAUUUGUCGACAAACUCUCUUAAUGGUAAUCUACCAUUAGAUGUCGGAAAUAUGAAGGUCAUAACACAACUAGACUUGUCAUGGAACCAGUUAUCAGGUGAUAUCCCCAGCACCAUUGGAAGCUCUCAAUCAUUAGUUAAUUUCUCCUUGGUGCAUAAUAAACUGCAAGGACACAUUCCUCAAUCACUGGGCAACUCAAUAAGUUUGGAAUUCUUGGAUCUUUCCAGCAACAAUAUCUCUAGAGAGAUUCCCAUGUCCUUAGAGACGCUUAGGUAUCUCCAAUAUCUGAAUGUAUCCUUUAAUAAACUCCAAGGAGAAAUUCCAACUGGAGGACAUUUCAUGAACUUUACAGCUCAAUCAUUUAUGCAUAAUGAUGCACUUUGUGGUGUAGCCCGACUGCAAGUCCCACCCUGCAGAAGCAAUAAGCACCAACAAUCAAGGUCGAAGAAUGUUCCUCUUUUGAAAUAUAUUUGA